GCUGUAACAACACUUCGGUAAAUUGAAUUUUAAAAAAUCUAUUAGGACCAUUGUUAUUGAUUCGAAUAUUUUCACAAAGAAUGGACGAAACCAAAGUUCACCAAUGUUUGUUUUGUUCGCAAACAUUCGAUAGUGCCGUUGAGAAAGAUGACCACAUUCUAGAGCAUUUUGUCCAUGUAACUUGCUCGGAAUGUAAUCAAGAUUUGAUUCAAAUCGGUAGUAAAUUGUACGCAGAACACAAUACAAUGACAUGUAUAAAAAUAUCAGAGCCAUAUGUUAUUUACGAGCCCGUGGAAAUAAAACAGGAGACGAGUUAUCCUGAUGAUAUUGAGCAACUUGAUGAAGCAACCAUUUCUGCCGCUUUGAACAUUGAUAUCGAAGAGCAACAAAUUAAAACUGAACUAUCAAUUGAAAAUGAUGAACUUGGAAUUCAAAUGGAAUCAAAUGAUUUGGAAGCAGACGGAAACCGAAAAGCAGAAAAAAGAAAUCGAACAACGUCUCCACCAUCAAGUGAUCCGAUAUCGAAACAUAAGAAAACACAUACAUCUGUUAAAUCAAUGGCUGUUGUAGUGAAGGGAACGCAUACCAGUCGAUCAUCUUCUUCGGCAUUGAGUGCGAGUGCGAGUGCGAGUGAGACUGCGAGUACAAGUGGAAGUACGGGAAAAGGUGUUUUCCCAAAAACUGAAUGCUCAAUUUGUGGCAAAACGAUCACAAAAAAAAUCUUAAAUAGACACAUGAGAGAGCUACAUGGUGAUAAAAAAGAUGAUUUGAAGUGCGGGCUGUGCGAUUUUACGACUAAAAGGAAUACAAGUCUACUCGAUCACCAGAGAAGGGUGCACCUUCAACCCGUUAAGAAAGGUCGACCGAAAAAGGGUGUUGCUCGCCGUGAAAGAAGUCCAUUCAGGACAGAAGAAUUUAAUAUUCGCCAUAAGACAGCGGUACAAGCAUUAACUAUCAAUGCAGAAAAGCUGGACGAAAUCAAAAAAUCGAACGAUGAACUAGUGAUGCAGAUGAAAGGCUUUUAUGAGAAGCGCCAAAGCACAAUCAAUAACGUCAAAAUGAAAGAGAGAAUGUCAAUCAUGGAAAGUAAGCAGACAGAGCAAAGACUGCCCAAACAAGAUGACAUCCCCGGAUCAUCAAAAAAGAGAUCCACAAAAUGAUAACUUGGACU